UCAGCUGCCACUACUCAGACGGGUCUCUUUCGGUUUAUAUCAGAGAACCCAAUGGAGUCUUUUGAAGAACCUGGUCAUAUUAGUAGCGAGAACUUAUUAGAAGUUCCUACUUUAAGCGAUUCUCUCUCAGAAGAUGAAGAUGUUAAAGCUACGCUCCAGCCUCGUUUCUCUCCCAGCCCCCGAAGGCGCAAUUCAGAUUCUUCUGAAGAAAUGGAGCCGGAAACCCCAUCAACCAUUGCAAGAAAAGUUUCAUUUGCUGAUGCAUUUGGUUUUGAUCUGGUAUCUGUUAAGGAGUUUGAUACCUGGGAUGUUCCAAUUACAUUACCAAAUGAUGACUUAGAAGUUGAAGUUGUGCCUGUGGAGGAAUUCUAUUUAACUCCACUGUUUACACCACCCACCACACAAGAAGAGCUUUUGCAAAAAGUACGUGCACAGAAAGUAUGGCUUGAGUCCAUGGAGUUUCUACCGGGAAUAACAUGUAUGAAGGGCAUAAUUCGAGUUCUGAAUGUAUCCUUUGAAAAGUUGGUCUAUGUUCGAAUGUCUCUGGACAACUGGCUGACUUAUUACGACAUCUUAGGAGAAUAUGUGCCUAAUUCUUGUGAUGGUGAGACUGACCAGUUCUUGUUCAAGAUUUCAUUGGUUCCUCCUUACCAGAGAGACGGCGCGAAGGUUGAAUUCUGUAUACGGUAUGAGACAUCAGUGGGAAUAUUUUGGGCCAACAACGACAACCGUAAUUAUAUUUUGAUCUGCGUUAAAAAGGAAACUGCACCACCAUUGCCAGAGGAUAAUCAGCUGCAGAGAGAAGUUACAGAUAAAAAUAUCAGAGGCUGUUUAAAGGCAACAACAAGCAGUAAAGAAGAAAUAUUGGCAAUGGCUGAUGAAGACAUAUGGAAUAAUUCCAGGACUUCAGAGUCAGACAUCCCCCAAAUCCUUUAUUCGCAUGUGGAUGAUAAUGACAUUGAACAAAGGAAAGAAAACGUAGAAGCUAAAAAAAUGGGACAUAAUGAAGAUGAUAAUGAAAAUGAAAAAGAAUUAGAGCUGCUGCUAAGAGAACACUUCAGUAGAACCAGAGGUUCUUCCAGGGAUGAAAGGAGUUUAUACACAACUGAGCCAGUUAGAUUUCCAAAUGAACCACAAGAACUGGGAGACAAGUUAGACUCUGGCCUGCUUAGACAACCUCUGCCUCUAAGCUCUUCACCUGAACGUGCUUUACAAGACAAAGAACUGCACAAUAACCAAAUGUAUUCCAUAGGAAAGGAUUAUAGUCAGUUACCCCCAGAGAAAGUUACUGAAGCAGACCCUGUAAACAAUAGUGCACAGUCUUCAGAAUGUUUUACUACCACUGAAACUCCUUUAUCACCAGAGCAUUGGUCUGGAAAAAAGGAAAAUGAGAGUGUCCAUAUUACAGAUGUUAUCUCAAGCAAACAUGGAAUGUAUCAUGCAGAUGUUCAAAAAGAUGAACCUGAGAAUGACCCAGGAAGUAAAAUAAUGAAGAACGUGUUCAUCCGUGAGGGUGAUGAUCACCGCAAAACAGUAUGGGAGACAAGACCCAAAACAGUUUCCUUAGAACAUGAAGCAGCAGCAAUCCAGUUCAAAGGAAAAGUACUGGAAGGCUUGGAUGAUGUUGCCAAGCCUGUUCAGGGGCAACACUGGCAGGAGAAGUCUUGCCGAACUCAUGAGUCAAACUUGGAAAGUAUUGUAGGAAAUGAAUCAAAAGGGGAGAGCAAAAAUCAGGUACAUGUAAGAGGAGUGUUAAAUACCAGUACCUUAGCUGAUGUUGGUGACACAAUGAGAUGUUCUCAUACAGAAGAUGAUAUUGUAGAAGAAAAAUAUAUGACUGAGUAUAAUGUUGAUAAGGGGAAAGAAAUCAGGUUGAGCCUUUUAGAAGAGGAGCAAGAGUACCACACCAAUGGGCAUAGAAAAUAUGUUACACCAGACGAGGACGAAGUCAGCACAAUAGAUAAGUUACUCCCAGGCGAAGAAGUGAUGAUUUCCAGUGUGCUAGAUGAAGAAAAGAGUGAGGAAAUGCAUGAAUCAAUUGAGUUACUUAAUGAGAGAGGAAGCUCGGGGAAAACUAAUAAGGAACAAGAAAGCAGAGGUUCUGUUGUAGGUGAAUUAAGUCAGGAUUUGAAGAGAACAGAAAGUACAUACCAAGAAGCCAUGCAGAAUACAAGUAGGUUUUGCAUGAAUUACCCAGAUUUUGUAACACCAACUGAUGAAAGGAGUUCUACCCAUUCUGCAUCAAUAAAUCUAGAGGAUGCAUUUGUUACUACGGAGGAUUUAGACAAAGGGAAGUACAGUCAGAGAUAUGGCCCAGCGUACAGAAAUAUUUUGGAGACUGAGCCCUGCCAAAGUGAACCUGACAGGGUUAUUGCUGAUGAUCAGAGCAGUCAGGUCAGGUGGGGAAAUCAAAGUUGGAGUGCCUUAGAAAGUCAACUGGCAGAAACAGAGAGUGGAGGAAAUAAAAGAGUGCAGAUGAAAGAACAAACAGGUGACGAAGCCAUGUGGGCAAUUAGAGAUAAUACAAGAUGUCUGAAUGUAACUCCCACAGAUGAAUUGUUUACCUGCCAAGACCCAGUAAGAUAUGAAGAAUCUGCAGUAGCUAAGUGUGAUAGUACAGGGGAAGCAGAGGCAGUUACAGCCGCUUAUAUAAUUAAAACGACAUCAGAAAGUACUCCAGAAAAAAUGUCUGCUGGUGAAAAAGCAGUAAUUGUUAAGCUACCUCAAGAGACUGCACUAAGUGACAGGCCCACAGAGGAAAAGGAAACAGUGUUUGAUAUACAUGAAGGGAGAAAUGAUGGUUCACAUUAUCCUCUUUGUCAAUGCAAUACAGUGGGUGUAUUAUAUGACACCAAAUUUGAAAAGGAAUCAGUUUCAGAUAUUUAUAAUGUACGAGUACAUGAAACGGUGCAAGGAGAAAUCAUUUCAGCAUGCAAUACAAGUGAAAUGCUUGCUAGAGCAGAACAUAACACUGGAAAUGAUUCACCAUCAGAUAAAAUAUUAUGGAUUUCUUCUGCAGAAAGAAAAGCCGUUUCUGAGCCAGAUUUAUAUUUGGAAACAUCUUCGAAAGGUUCACAUUGUCUUCUGCAAGACCUGUACAAUGAAGAGGCUGAAGAGGGAAACAUUUGGGGAACAUUUCCCCAUAAAACUGCUAAAAAUGAGAACGAAAAAAUCCCUUCUGAUGUCAAUAUUGUCGGAAGCUUUCCUGAAAGUUCUUCCAUGACAUCUUCUGAAGGCUCCGUGGGAGCUAGUGCUGCUGAGGGAGAGACAGUGUUGCAUCCAUUCACGGAUGCUUCAGGUGAAAUUGCAGCGGAAUCAGGAUGUGACUUUAGUCCAAUGAGUGAAAUAGGUCAUGUUAUUCCAAAUAUUUCUAUGGAGGCUCAACUCCAAGAACUCCCUCCUAGUGAGGAAGGAGAAAGAAGCACAGGUCAGUUUCCCCAUCAACCAGAGCUUGAGCAUGGAAAGCUAUUAGGGCCAACCAUUUUAAUUAGCGAACCUACUGAAGAAAGAGAAGAGACAAGCUUAGAAUUUGAAGACUUAAUAAUAGAAGAAAAACUGAAUACUGAAGGGCACGACCACCAGCUGAUUUUUGAUCAUGCAGACGUUUCUGAGCAGCAAAGAGCUUUUAAUUUACCUUCUGAGUGUCUCAUUUUAAAGCAGAUUGGUUACAAAAUACUUUAUUUCCUUUUGUUCCUUGUGUUUUGUGUAACAUUGUACCACUAUGAUUUAAUUGUUUGCUUUUCACUCUACUUAUUUUCCUUGUAUUGGCUGUAUUGUGAGGGCAGGAGAAGCGAAGAAUUGGUCAAAAAGGAAUAGUACAAAGGUUCUCAUUAUCUAGCUAAAGUACUUAACAUCUAAUAUAUAAGUAUAUCCCAAAGGGCUACAAUGUCCACUCUUCGAACCAAUGCAAGAUUCUCCCCUUCCCUUGAAACAUUGCUUAAAACUUAAAAAGAAUGCACAUGGUUUGCUCCUUCAUAUAAGUAAUUAUUCUGCAUAGGACCAUUAUGUUUGGAUCAUUAAAUACCUAUAUGAAUAUGAGUUCUGAAGCACAUCAUGGUAAAAUUAAAUACAGCUGUUGCAUCUUAUCAGGUUAUGAAGAAGUGAAGCUUCACUCCCUUCAGAUUUUAUCGCAUUCAUUUGUUUUGUAGUAUAGUUUCAUUUUCUGAGAGAUUUUUUAAUAAUGGUUUUAUCUAGCAAGUAAAUAAAGAGGGAAUGGCAUUAUGAUGCUGAGCUUUCUACAUGAGGCUGUUAAUCGGCAGUUAAUCGGCUGUAUCUACUUUUUGUUUUGUCACAAAAUUGAGAUCCGAGUACUACAUAAAUAGCAUUUUCUUUCCUGCUUUUUCCACUACACAAUAUCUAGGUGGCACUGUGGUAUAGUGGAAGUGCACAAAUACACAAGUGGAAAAGGUGCUUCUUUUGCUUUUAGAAUUAAAUACUGCAUUUCCUCUGCUCUAAAAA